AUGGCCGAUCCCCCCAAGCCUGGUGUCUCUUUUGGCAUUACUGGCAUCCCUGCUGAGAAUGUCGAGCACCGAACCAAAGACAUUCCCUAUGCACCCGGAAUGCCCCUUCGUCGGGAAAUCAGCGCGCUAGCCAAGGCGAAGAAGCCGGAAGACCAGAGGCAAUGGACUCUCUAUGUCCUGGCACUCGAAAGGUUCAAGAAUCUUCCAGUGGAUGACAAGCUAUCCUACUUCCAGGUCGCCGGGAUUCACGCCUAUCCCCAGCUGACCUGGGAUGACGGUGAACCUUCGAAGAAGAGCAGGUUCUACUGCACCCAUGGCGAGUUGACCUUCUCCACCUGGCACAGGAUUUACAUGCUUCUCUUUGAGCAACUCGUCUGGAAGCACAUGAAGGCUAUCAUCGAAGAGUGGAAGCUUGACAAGGCAGACCUGUACGAGGAAAGGAAGGUAUACCCCAAUCCAUUCUAUGGGUUUGACAACCCAGAGAAUGAUGAACAGACUGGGGAUCCCCUGCCUUUUGGAAAGAUGCCAAAGGGCAAGGAGAAGUACAACAUCAGCGACCGUCAAAAACACGAUGGUGAGCCUGUUGCCACCAAACCCGCCUCUAAGGAAGUUCUCCCCUGGUCCCUCACCAACAGCACCGGACGCUGGGGUAUCCAGAUCAAGCCUGGAAAGAUGUACACUGGCCUCGACGGUGUCAACAACUUCAUGACCGCCAACCGAUUCUUUGGAGCAAGUGUCAUCGGGAGAGUAGCGCCCAGAUGGGUGAUUCAGAACCCUGGGAACCUGUCCGACAAACUCAAUCGCAUAUUGACAUCCCGGCGCUUGACGGAAACCGAGCCAGACCCAAAUUACACAUGGGGUCUAUUUGCAUCGAAAAAGUGGACAAAGGAACAUCGCAAACGCUCGAACCUAUUCUCAUCCAUCGAAGCAAUCCACGAUACUGUUCACGGAGUUACUGACGGAACUGAAUUCGAGACGGGCGUGGGACACAUGUCAGAUGUCCCUGUGGCAGUCAUUGAACUGGAAACGCUGCUUGGGUACCGGUACGAUGACCUUGUUCCCCAGCCUGAUGCAGUCAAGGAAGACGGUUAUCUUGACGAGGAGCACUACAAGAUAGACCUUAAGGCAUAUAUCAACAGCACUUAUCCUGGACCUGCACUGGCCAUAAGCAAGAUUAGAGGACCAGGUAUCGAGACCCCCGACGGCCUUUCAGAUAGGAAGGGCGCACCUUUCCCUGACUACGUCAUCAACGUUGUCUAUGACCGCUUCGCAUUGGGAGAGACUUCGUACUCGAUCAAGUUCUGGCUUGGCGGCCCUAGUAACGAACCCCAAACGAACGAGGUGGAAGAAAACUACAUCGGCCAAGUCUUAACUUUCACAGGAAGCUUCUCGAAUACGGGAGGCUGCGAGAACUGCAAGCGUCAGGCCGACCACAUCUUCGACAAGGCCAAGGACCAUCCCAUCGAGAAUCUCACCGACAAGGAGGUUGAAGAGUAUCUCAAACUCCAUCUGGGCUGGACCUACGUCCAGCACGUAGGCCGCAAGCUCAAACCGGAGAAGUUCCCGAAGACCGAAAUCUCUGUAAUGAAGGGCCAAGGAGUUCCCCAAUACACCGAGCCCGAGCAGAAGCUGGAAGCUGAGCUAGUUUCCAUCGCCAGCAUGCCGGUUGCUUCUCUGAACGCCCUGCCAGUCAACCCCGUGGCCAACCUGUCCCAGGCAACAAUCGACGAGCCCAAUUCGCGUGUUCUUCCUCCCGCCUAUUCCAACUACGAGCUCAUCUAUGAUGCUACUGAUGGAAAGACGGGAGGCCUCAGCCGCCCGUCUUGA